CUUGGAGCACAUUUUGUACAACCACUACUUAGUUAUGCCUUCUAGAUCGUCGCUCCACUUCUGGGGACCCGGGAGCGGAGACUUCCCCUAGUGCUUAUGCCUCCGCUGUCUAGGCAAUACUUUGCCUCCACCACUCUCCCCUGCUCCUCCGUAAAUCUCCGGGCAUUUUUAGAAAAUCCUCACCGGAGGGUUCCCCUCCAAACUCUCAGCACUGAAGCCCCCCUUGAGGAAGAUUCUUUGCCCAUUUCCCCUUAUGAGAAUGAACCCUGGAAAUACCUGGACUCAGAAGAAUACCAGACCCGCUAUGGUUCUCGCCCCGUCUGGGCUGACUACCGACGCAACCACAAAGGUGGAGUACCUCCACAGAAGACUCGAAAGACCUGUAUUCGUAAAGAUAAAGUUGCUGGGAAUCCCUGCCCUAUCUGCCGGGAUCACAAGUUGCACAUCGACUUUAGGAACGUGAAGCUCCUGGAGCAGUUUGUCUGUGCCCACACAGGCAUCAUCUUCCAUGCGCCAUACACAGGAGUCUGUAUGAAGCAGCACAAGAAGUUGACGCAGGCCAUCCAGAAAGCCAGGGAGCAUGGUCUCCUUAGUUACCACAUUCCCCAGGUUGAACCUCGGGACCUUGACUUCAGUAACUCGCAUGGAGCUGUGAAUGCUACUCCACCAGCUCCCACUCUGGUUUCAGGUGACCCCUGGUACCCUUGGUACAGCUGGAAACAGCCACCAGAGAGAGAGCUGUCCCGCCUUCGUCGACUGUAUCAAGGCCAUCUCCGGGAAGAGAGUGGCCCCCCGCCUGAGUCAAUGCCCGAGGUGGCACUCACAACAGGAGCUGAAGCCUCCACUGAGCACGCGGGCUCCCAGAAUCCUCUGUAGGAGCUGUGGACUGGGCAGGGUGCGAGGGGUGGGGAGAUAAUGCCUAGGAGUUACAUGAUGGGGUGCACCCUGAAGAGUUGGGUCUGUUUUAUGGCCCACGGCAGGUCCAGGCUCAGUGAAAGGAAAUGAUGGUUGUUGAAGAGGAUAAAUAUAUCCGAGGCUGAGGGAGAGCAGCAGAGUGCAUGUGGGAAACCCUAAUCCCCCCGCAGUGCAACUAGAUGGGCUCAACCUUAUGUUGCUGCCAGCUUGGCUUUUCCACAAUAAAGCUCUUCUGUCUGCC